GGGUGAGGCGGGAACGGCAUGUACGAGUGCGGCGGCUGCUGCUGCUGAAUAUGCACGGUUUCCUGUGUAAGCACCAUAGCCGUAUGUUCCUGGUGGGGGCGGAGGGGGCGAUGGACGCACGGCACCAGCCAUAUACGGAGACGCCAUAAUUCCUGGGUAUGGCGACAGGCCCGCAUUGCCAUCAGCAGCUAGAUCCUGGGUCACCUGUGGAUAAGCGACCAUACUGCCGUCUGCCUGGGAUACCACGGACGGUAUAUACGCCGGCAUCGCAGGCACAGGCGAUGGCACAGCAAACAUUCGUGGGCUGUCGUGCGGCGACGGGUAGAGCCUGCUGUUGCUGCGGCUUCCAUAUCCGUGCGGUGGUGGGUGCUGCGGCUGUUGCUGGACAGCAGCAUAAUGUGGCUGCCAGUAGUGGUGCGGCUGAUGGCCACCUCCAUGAUGGCCAUGUCCACCACCAGGACAUAUUCGAGCCGCUGUUACUGGUGUUGUUGCCACUCCGCGUUCCGAUUGGCCUGGGAGCCCUGUUGCCGCUACCUCUGCUGCCACUGCCACCACUGCCUCGGUUGGGAUAUGCGCGCGAUCCCCCAAAGCCGUCGCCGUGCGACGAUGACCCGCGACUCGCUGUGAUGGCGUGUCUGGUGCACCGAAUGCUCAUAGUUCUGCUGCGAGGCAUCCGCUGCCCAGAGCGAUGCCGCGCUGGCCGAAAAUGGACUAAACAUUGGCCCAACGGCAGUCAGAUCCGCACCAACGCUAAAUCCGCCGUAGCCCAUGUAGCCGGGCAUCGGCGCAACCUGGGCUGGGUGGUAGUUCCACGGCUGCUGCUGGUGCUGUUGCUGGUGCUGGUGCUCAGCCAUGGACCCACCGGCAAACCCAUCCGGCUGGCCCACCGAAGCAGGAGGCGGACCCUGGUGAGCCCGAACAGCUCCAUCAGCAUCACCGGGGCUCUGAGCCGACGCUGUCGCGGUCUCUGGGCGUAGUCUGUGCCUGCCGUGCGAGUGCUGCUGGCCCAUGCAUGCCGGGGCGUAGGGCUGUUGCCUUGGUCGGCUGAGAAGAAUCCGGGACGCGUUACCCCGUAUGUGUAAACAGCGGGCUGCUGCUGUUGCCCAGGUUGAACAGCGGAGGUCGAGCUGUGAAUAUGAGGGACAUACGAAGGAUUG